AUGAUUUCUGCCUGUGUCGAAUCUAAAGUGCCAAAUUCGUCAAAUCCUUCUUCAUUCAAAACCGAUGUCGUAAUUAUUGGAGCUGGACCUACUGGUCUUAUGGCGGCCCAGGCUCUUGCAAGCUUCGGUCUUGGGGUCAUGGUGGUGGAACGCCGAGAUGCUGGCGAGAUCUAUGGUAAUGCAGAUGGCUUACAACCUCGGACAUUGGAGAUUUGGAACAGUUAUGGAUUUCUGGAUAAGUUUUCCAAACAAGCAGCCACAGUACAUGGAUUGCUUACUGUCAAGCAUUUGGUGGACAAGUUGGGAAGAAAGCCGCCUUCUAGCACUUCGCAAAUUCAGGCAAAAUAUAUCAUCGGCGCCGAUGGUGCUCACUCUUGGGUGCGACAACAAAUUGGAGUGAAAUUGGAGGGUGAACGAGCAGGCAAGUCAUUAUAUAUUUUCCAGAUUUUCUUGCAAAUUCAAUGGAAUUAUAAGAGAAUGUUUGGGGCGUGGUGCUAUCAUUUAUUCUUCAAUUUGCUGAGGUGGAAAGAGAUUAUCCCCCGAGAAGAGGACAAACUCAGGAUAUAUGUUCAGUGUUCAUCAGAGGACCAAAUCACAUGCCAAGCUAAUUCUGAUACAAUGACCGCGGCCAAGUACACAGAAAAGAAGCUCCUCCAGCAUAUUUCAAAUGGUCUCCAACCUUACAAGAUCAUUUUCACCAAAAUAUUUUGGUCCACAGUAUUUUCAGCAUCACAGAAAGUUGCUGAUACAUUUCGUGUUGGAUCUGCCUUUAUUGCUGGAGAUAGUGCUCAUACACACUCCCCAAAAGCAGGCCAAGGUGCAAAUGUUUCCAUGGGUGAUGCCCAUAAUCUUGCUUGGAAACUGGCUUGGGUGGUCAAAGGAUGGAGUGAUGACUCAUUGCUCGAUACAUAUGAGACUGAACGACGCGCACUGGCGCACCAACUUAUCAAAUUUGAUAAGGCAAUUUCGGCCACUCUUGAUGGUUGCAAGGCAUCUGUAUAUUCAUCAAUGCUGCAUCAGCAGAAUUUGUUUAGCAGUGGCAUUGGUAUCCGUUACAAGUCUCGCCUUGUCAUUGAAUUAGAAAGUCAGAAGGGAACACUUGACAUUUCUGGGUUAGCAGUGGGAACCCGUCUUCCUCCAACCGAAAUUAUCCGGAUGGCCGAUUGGCAGCCAAUGGACAUGCAAGAUCUAGCACCCUGUGAUGUAUUAUUUAAGGUCCUCAUAUUUGCUGGCGACCUUUUUGAUCACAGACAUUAUACUGCAUUACAAGGCCUGACACAAACAUUCCAAAAGAUGGCCGACUCAAAGGAUAAGGAAGAUGCCAGUUUACUGCAAAGAUUUACCAUGUACACAAUCAUCAUCAAUUCCAAGGAAAGCAAUAUCUGGAAACAAGUACCAACCAUUUUACGUGAUUGGAAAAGGUAUAUUUCAUAA